GGACAGUGAGUGGCGGUGUGGUGAUUCAGAAAAAAGACACAUGAAGAAGAAGGGGAAAAGGGCAGACAAAAAGCAGACGGAAGUCACUCGGCAAAGUCAAGCUCCUGAGAGGGGUGAAUUCUCUGUAGAGGCCGGCCGGCAAAAAGAUCUUUAACAAUGGUGAAAAUCUUUGUGGGAAACCUGCCCCGAGAGGCAGACCAGGAGGAAAUCAAGGCCCUCUUCACUCAAUACGGCACAGUCACAGAAUGUGCUAUCAUCAAAAACUAUGCCUUUGUUCACAUGGAUGACCGCAAGGCUGCCACUAAAGCCAUUAAGAAUCUGCACCUGUACAAGCUUCACGGCACACCAAUCAACGUAGAGGCCAGCCACGGGAAGAACCAGGGCUCUGUCAAACUGCAUGUAGCCAAUGUAGAAAAGGGAGCUGAUGAUGAGCUCCGUGCACUCUUUGAGGAGUACGGUACAGUCACAGAGUGUGCUGUUGUUAAGAAUUUUGCGUUUGUACAUAUGUCUAACUCUGACGAGGCCAUGGAUGCCAUCAAGGGACUGGACAAUACUGAAUUUCAAGGCAAACGCAUCCAUGUCCAGAUUUCUAAGAGUCGGCCUAGACACGAUGAACGGGAUGACUACCCCCCUCCUCCCCCAGACAGGGGUGGAUAUUGGCCCCCUCGCUAUCCAGGAGAGAGGCAUGAGCCUCCCCCACCCAGCUAUAUGAGAGGCCGUCUCAGCCAUAUCCCCCCAGGUUACCCUGCCCCUCCUCUGCCACCUCCUCCCCCUAGAAGAGCAGUUUAUCCUGAACGUCCCUAUGAGGGUGAGAGGGACAGGUACAGCGUGGUAGAUUACUAUGAGAAGUACAGAGCCCGUCCGUAUGGCAUCCCCUCCUAUGAGGACCAACGUCCCGGCGCCCCUCCUCCUCCCCCUCCCCCUUCAGCCGUCGUCCGAGACCGUCUUAUGACCUCGUCUCUUGACCCGUAUGAGCGUCGUCCCCUCCCACCUCCUCCGUCCUCAUACUAUGCCCGAGAUCGCAGUCCUCUCAGGAGAGCGCCAAGCGCGCCAAUGCCACCCGCCAGUAAUGGCUACUCCUAUGAGCGCUCCCGACUCUCUCCGGUUUCCCGGGUACCUGCAUACGGAGUUCCACGUGCCAGGGACCCCUACGCAGAACGGCUGCCGCCGCCACCCCCUGCACGCUACGCUUAUUAAGCGAGGCCCUGACAUGUGAAGGAUCGUCGUCCAACUGCGUCGCCGCUCGCCGCCUCCUGAUGCACGUGACACUAUCCUCUUCUGUCUGUGGCUGAGCGCGUUACGUUCCCCUGCGAUGCUCACAGGAGGAACUGAAUUGCCGACGUCCACGUCUGAUUUUGUUUUUAUUAUUUUGGAAAAGUUUUUACUCGUUUUUUUUCCCCCUGAUUGUUUUAGUUUGUCAUUGUGCUGUAGUAUUUUUUUAUGCCAGACGUCUGAAUUAGGCGUUUUUUUUUUUUUUUUUUUAAUUUGUACUUUUACGUUUGGAAAAAUUAGUGUUCUGAUGUUGUGUGUGUGACCAUAGAAAGCUGAAUAAUUUCAGCUGAAGUCUCUAGGCGAAACUUGUGACUGUAGAUUUAACUGAACUGAAUUAUGUUUGGUAUUAAAUCUAAUCUCCACGUUGGUUCCUUCAUGUUACGCUUUCCCAUCGAAAAUCAAACCUCCAUGUGACGUUGCUGUGAAAAUUUAAACUGGUAAGACGUAGGUUUGACAAAUGUAGAAAGUAACUGUUAGUAGGACAGUUACCGCAAAUCGUUCACAUGUACCUGUAUGUUGUCGAACUUGUUUUUAAUAAACGGAUUUGUGCAGUUAAUGUUGUUCACAGAUGUGCCCCAAAUCAUGCCCAGCGCUAAAACACCAUUAGUGUAACCGCUUGAAUUGAUUCGCCUACUCUUUUAGGAUCUUUCGAAAAAAUAAACCUUUAAUUAAUGAUUAUUCGUUCAUUAAUGAUGAACACACGCAUAGCAAACUUGUUAAAGUCGUCACGCUGAUUAAAGAAAUAUCACUCUUGUCUGGAAUGCUAAAGCUUUUGUCAUUGAUCAGCGUGCCUUUUUACAUUGUCUUCUUUACUUCCAAAAUUGAAACUUGUUCAUAUAAAAGCCCAAGUAAAGAAGGGCGUAACACACUCCAGCCAUUCUCCACCAGGUGAGAUUUCAUAGCUGAGGCUAGUUUACCUUGAAUCUGGGGGGAGAUGACAUCAAAGGCUGCUGAAGACCUUCAGAGUCAAAAGGUAAGUCAAGGGCUUUAAGGACUCCUGGAGUAGAAACUACUGCAGACAGCACAUGCUCACAUUUAACUUUUCUAGGUAAAUACUAGUUUAUUACAGAGGUUUGUAACAGUGGAAAUACAUUUUUAGCAUUUUACAGGUCCUAGAUUGUUUGCUAGUAAAGUGUUUUUCACUCAUUGCCUGUACACAACUACCCAAUCAGUUCUAAGUCUACAAUUUAUUGACAGUGUUAGCUGGAGAAAACUAUAGGCUACAUGUAUAGUUGAUAGGCAAAGCACAUCCGGGAAAUUGGAUACAGAUUAAGAUGUUAAAAUCCAGUACUGUUUAAAGACCAUGUUUGGCUUCUGGGACAGAAAUGUUUUUGAAAUUGGAAAUUUAGAGAAGCAUCCAGGAUACAUAGGUUUUGUUAAGCUGGGCAAGACUUAAGAGUUUGAAUUGAUCAGUAAAGUUUAUGCUAGAUCUUGCAGACAAGCAUUUUAAACCUUGUAAAACAUGAUCUCAAGUGACACAAUGAAAUUGCUAUAUUAACUGAUUUUACACAAGCAGUUUUGAUGGACAUGAAAAGUUUACAGUACUUCUCAUUGUAUUGCUGUUUUGGAAGCUGAUCCGCAUGAAUAAAAUAUUUACAACAGUAA